CUAAAGCCAGUCACACUUUCUGCUGUUAUUAAUACACGUUUCUCCUGAGAGCGGUUCGAAAAUGACAGAGCUGAGACACCGCGGAGGCACGGCGGAAAGCGAACUGCACAAACAGCAGUCUGAAGAUAAGGGCUCAGAGGCAGAGGACAAGAUUGAGAAGGAUGGAGGCUUAUCAGACGGCGAGUCCAAGCCCGACAGCGUACCCGAUGUGCCCGCGCCAUCUGAUGAUACACCGGAGGUGCUCAACAAAGCCCUGUCAGGCCUCUCGUCAAGAUGGAAAAACUGGUGGGUACGAGGCAUCCUCACUUUGGCGAUGAUUUCCUUCUUCUUCUUCAUCAUCUAUCUGGGCCCGAUAGUGCUGAUGAUGAUCGUCCUUUGUGUUCAGAUCAAGUGUUUUCAUGAGAUCAUCACCAUUGGCUAUAGCGUGUAUCACUCCUACCACCUCCCCUGGUUCAGAACGCUCAGUUGGUACUUCCUGUUGUGUGUGAACUACUUCUUCUAUGGUGAGACGGUGACUGAUACCUUCUUUGCGCUGGUACAGAGGGAGGAACCUUUGCGCAUCCUCAGCAAAUAUCAUCGAUUCAUCUCGUUCGCCCUCUAUCUGUCGGGAUUCUGCAUGUUUGUAUUGAGUUUGGUGAAGAAACACUACAGGCUGCAGUUCUACAUGUUUGGAUGGACCCAUGUGACUCUGCUGAUCGUGGUCACUCAGUCCCAUCUCAUCAUCCAUAAUCUGUUCGAAGGAAUGAUCUGGUUUAUUGUUCCCAUCUCCUGUGUGAUCUGUAAUGACAUAAUGGCCUACAUGUUUGGAUUUUUCUUUGGCCGUACUCCUUUAAUCAAGCUCUCCCCCAAGAAGACGUGGGAAGGUUUUAUUGGUGGAUUCUUCGCCACAAUAGUCUUUGGAAUCCUAUUAUCCUACGUGAUGUCCGGUUACCGGUACUUCGUGUGUCCGGUUGAGUUCAACAACGACACCAACAGCUUUACGGUGGACUGUGAGCCCUCGGAGCUCUUUCAGCUGCAGGACUACACGCUGCCCUCCGUCCUGCAGUCCAUCAGUGGCUGGACCACAGUGAAGCUCUACCCAUUCCAGAUCCACAGCAUCGCUCUGUCUAGCUUCGCCUCCAUCAUGGGACCAUUCGGAGGCUUCUUCGCCAGCGGAUUCAAGAGGGCCUUCAAGAUUAAGGACUUUGCCAACACUAUCCCUGGUCACGGUGGAAUUAUGGACCGCUUCGACUGCCAGUACCUCAUGGCAACAUUCGUCAAUGUUUACAUCGCAAGCUUUAUCAGAGGGCCGAACCCAACCAAAGUGAUCCAGCAGCUGCUCGCUCUGAGACCCGACCAGCAGCUCAACAUCUAUAACUCCCUGAAAGCCCACCUCACCGAGCGAGGCCUGCUCGCCGCCCUAGAGGAGGCAGCCUAAACCCGAUCGCGAUGAAUUGAUGAAUGAGACGCAGCCAGCGGAGUGGAGUUUGCUCGGAGCGGGACGUGUGUAGAGGUGGGAGACACGAGGAGGAAAAUCAGGAGAAAAAAAACCUAACUAAACUAAAGCCUUGGGUCAUUCCAAUAUCAAUAUCUCUGAGGGUGUGUGUGUGAGCGUGUUUGUAGAGUGAGUGUGUGUGUGUGUGUGUGUGUGUGUGAGAGAGUGUUUUUGCAAGUAAUAUACUGUAUGUUUCUUUUAUGUCAGAGAAGAUAAAUAUUGUACACAAUAUGUGAAGACACGUCACGACUUCUGCAGUUGUAAGUCAUUACCACGUGAAUACCUGUAUCGUGUCUGAAUAUUUUAGGUUAAACCGUAUAUUAUAUUCUAUAUAUUUAGGGUCCAGAUUGUAUUUUAUUUGUUUUUAAUGCACUGCUUAUCACACUGUUAUUUCAAACUCGCAUACCGUAGUUUAACGUUGGUGUUACUGAUAACAGAUUUGCAUUUAUGUUCAUAUUGAUAUUCAGGAUGUGUGGGUUUGUUUGUUUUAAUGUCGAUAUUAUUUAUCUGCCAUAAGGACAUUAAAAACUGCCAAAUAUUAUUUAAUAGUAUUUAAUGCAAAGUUCAGCCAAAAAAAAAAACAUUUCCACUACUGAAAGGGAGUGGUGUAGUUUAUUUGCCAAAAUAGCUUUGGUGUCCAACGUUUGAGGCUAUGAGGCAACCAAGCGGUUUCUGUAAAUACGUAGACGUGCUCGUGCCUCGAAUCAAAUCAGCUGUGUUCUAAAAACAAACACUAUUUCUUCAUGUGAGUUGAUGCUUGAUGGCUGAAUUUACAGUCGUGUCGGGUGGCGCAGCGGGAUAUUCCGCUAGCACACCAGCGUCUAGAUUCUGAACUCCACGGUUUGAAACGGCGGUCGUCUGGGCGCCAUGUAGCGUGCAUAGUUGGCAGUGCCUGUGGGGCGGGAUGGCCGGACUAUGUGAGCGGGGUCUUCAAACGCUGUGUAAGGACCCUGAUUGGCGGAUAGAGGCGCCUGUGCAGAGUGCAUGGGUGGAAAAGGGUUCCGUUAAGGGCUGCGUGCGGGUCAGAGGAGGCGUGAGCAGAGAUAUACCCACCUCGACUGCAAAAAAUCGGGGGUCCCCAGCAGUGGAAGACAGACUGACUACAUUAAAUCGAGACAAAAAUGCAUAAAAAUAUAACAAAUGUAGGAGAUGAUGAUGAUAAUGACGUUAUAAUAUAAAUGCCAGAACGUCGGGACACCAAAAGUCUGAACUAAGGGAAAAUUAUACAUUUUAUAUAUGUAACUUUUGGCCAAACUAUUGCUUUAAAUAGGAAUUAAAUGAAGGUUGAUCUGUAGAGUGAUAUAGAUUCAAUUUGGUAAGAAAAAAAUUAAAGCUUUUAUAAAGAUUAUGUACAAAUGCCGCUCAGGUGGCGCAGCGGUAAAAGCUCAGCUCUGCCAUCCGGCAGGCUGGGCGGCUACAUGAACAACGAUUGGCUUGUUGUUCAUACAGUGAAGGAAACAGCCGGAUAGGGACCUCAUAACUGGUGCACUUACGACCUCUGCUGGCUGACUGACGGCGUCUGCACAGAGUUCAGGGUGUGUCUCUCCGUACACAAAGCUGAUCUGCAUAUGAACUCGCCUCGUGCAGGUGAAAAGAGAUGCCCAAGUGUCGGAGGGGGCGUGUGUCAGUUCGCUCUACUCAAUCGGGGCGGGGGUCAGCACCAGUAGAGAGGAAGCGUAACGCAAUUGGGUACAAAUUGGACGCACUAAAAAUGUGCUUCUCACCAGACAGAGUUCAGUAUUAGCUUAAUUAUUCAAUCACUGCUGGUAAACUUCCGUAGUGCAGAAUGUCCACGUCCGUGUGCCUCAUUUCUCACAGGCCGCGGAUUAUUUUUCAAUAUUACAACCACAACAUUAAACUGAAGGUCAAAAAGGACAUUUAAGCUCAGUUAGUGAUUGUAUUUUAUCACCUGUACUACUUGGAAGUUGAACUGAUGGUUUAAAUGAAAUCCUAAGCUUUAGUUUAAGAAUCUGUUACAGGCCUCGAUUUACAGUCCGACAGCGACGAGGCCACGUUAAAGGUCACCAGUGCAGUAAUGCAUCCGAGAUCCAUCCAAUAAUCCAUCCUACAUCUUCAUCUUGUGUGUGUGUGUGUGUGUGUGUGUGUGUGUGUGCUUACUCUCUUUGUGCCACCCCCCACCAUCAUCGCCUGUGUUAUCGUCUAUUAUGUUAUGAAUGUUUACAGUUUUAUGUGCCAUUGUCACGCCCAUCUUUGUAUUCACAGUGUGUUCAUGUGGAGGUUUUUUGUUUUUAUGUGUUACGAUUGUAAAAUACAGACCUGCUUUUCUCAAGUCAUUAACGUGCAUCUGUAAUUUGUGUCUGGCCUACAGUAUAACUACAGUAUAAGUGAUCUUAGCUAUAAAUGUCAAUCAGAACUGAAACACAGGGCGCUCGGGUGGAGCACCAGUGCCGACACCCAUGUUAACUUUUUUUAUGAACACAGAAUCUGUCUGGACCAAGAAAUUAGUCAAUUAAAAUAAUAAUAAUAAUUAUUAUAAUAUUAAAGUGUUUUAUGUUUAUGGCUAA